UUAAAAGCAAUAUACAAGGCGUUCUUGGAGAGCGAUAAGGAUGGGAGCGGGCGCGUGGACGUGAAUGAAUUCGUGCGCAUGUUGCGCGUCGAUCGCACGCCGUUUGUCGAGCGUCUGUUUUCCAUGUUUGACACCGAUCGCACCGGUCUCAUCGACGUUAAGGAAUUCAUCGUCGGUAUGGCCAACGUCGGUGGCGAGGCACGCGAUAAUAAGAUUCAGUUCGCGUUCAGCGUGUACGAUCUCGACGGUUCGGGGUACAUCGACUCGAGCGAACUGCGCAAAAUCAUUUGCGCGACGAAUAUGAGCACCGACAAGCAAAUCGAACGCAAGGUAGAAUGGCUCAUGCGUCAGUGCGAUACCGACGGCGAUGGGAACAUAUCGUUCGAAGAGUUC